UCCACAUGAUCAACUUGAUAUGAAACCUAUUUUUUUUCAAUCCACAUUCUUAAUCUCUCUCUUUCAACUUGAAAUCUCAUGCUUAAUCCCAGACCACAAUAAAUACAGAAACAGACUACCAAGAAAUUAACCAUUUAGCUACACAAAUUAAAACAAAAAAACCCCUCUAAUUAUGGCUUCUUCUAAUCUUGAAUAUCAUCCUACUUCCAAACCCUUCAAAUCUUUCACUGCCAACAUGUUUCCUUUUUCUUUCAAGAAAAAUAAUCUCUUCUCUUUGCUUUCUAUUCUUUUCCUUUGCAUUUUCUCUUAUCUCUUUGGCCUCUGGCAACAAGCCGGCCGCUUAACUCUGACCACCACCACAUCCACCACAAAUACCAUACUUUCAAUCCCAUGCAACCCUACCGCCACCAAAAAACAACUGCUCGACUUUGUGCCCCAUCAUUCUGCUAAAGACGGAGAACUAGGAGACACCGUAACGGCGGAGAUCAAAAUAUAUCCUUCAUGCAACGCGAACUUCAGUGAGUACACGCCGUGUGAGGAUGAUCGGAGAUCGUUGAGAUUCACGAGAAAUCAACUUAUAUAUAGAGAGAGGCAUUGCCCUGAAAAAUACGAGAAAAUAAAGUGUCGUAUACCAGCUCCUCAUGGUUACAGGAACCCAUUUCCAUGGCCAGCUAGCCGUGAGUUUGCUUGGUACGCUAAUGUGCCUCAUAAACAUCUUACAGUGGAGAAAGCAGUGCAGAAUUGGAUUCGAUACGAAGGCGAUCGUUUCAGAUUUCCAGGCGGUGGAACUAUGUUUCCCAAUGGUGCCGAUGCUUAUAUUGAUGAUAUCGGAAAAUUAAUCAAUCUUAAAGAUGGCUCUAUUCGGACCGCCAUUGACACCGGCUGCGGGGUAGCGAGUUGGGGAGCAUAUCUUCUGUCACGUGACAUACUAACAGCGUCAUUUGCACCCAGGGACACCCACGAAGCCCAAGUUCAAUUUGCUUUAGAACGAGGGGUUCCUGCUCUCAUCGGAGUUCUUGCCUCCAAAAGACUUCCCUACCCCGCUCGUGCUUUCGACAUGGCCCAUUGCUCUCGCUGCCUUAUCCCAUGGGCUGAUCAUGACGGGCUAUUUCUAACUGAAGUCGAUCGAGUUCUCAGACCAGGUGGAUACUGGAUUCUGUCCGGUCCUCCCAUCCGGUGGAAGAAAUACUGGAAAGGCUGGGAGAGAACUAGAGACGACUUGAAUGAUGAACAAACUAAAAUUGAGAACGUAGCUAAGAGCCUUUGCUGGACUAAAUUGGUAGAAAAAGAUGACAUUGCUAUUUGGCAGAAGCCACUCAACCACUUCAAUUGCAAAUCUAACAGGAAAAUUACAAAAAAUCCACCAUUCUGCCUGCCCCAUCAGGAUCCUGACAGAGCAUGGUACACAAAGUUGGAGAGUUGUUUGACAAACUUGCCUCAGGUAUCCAAUAAUAAAGAAACAGCCGGAGGAAGAUUGAAAAAGUGGCCUGAAAGAUUAAAUGCUAUCCCACCCAGAAUCACCGGAGGAACAGUCCAAGGAGUGACAGCAGAAAGUUUCAAGAAAGACAUAGAAUUGUGGAAAAAGAGAGUGUCGUAUUAUAAAACGGUGAACAACCAAUUAGGACAAUCUGGACGGUACAGAAACCUUUUAGACAUGAAUGCUGGCUUAGGUGGAUUUGCUGCUGCUCUAAUUGAUCAACCUGCUUGGGUUAUGAAUGUGGUUCCUGCCCAAGCCAAGGUCAACACUCUCGGCGUCAUUUACGAACGAGGGUUAAUCGGAACAUAUCAGGACUGGUGCGAGGCAAUGUCUACUUAUCCAAGAACUUAUGAUCUAAUCCAUGCUGAUUCUGUAUUUAGCCUCUACCAGGGCAGAUGUGAAAUGGAAGAUAUAUUGUUGGAGAUGGACAGGAUUCUGAGACCUGAAGGGAGUGUGAUAUUUAGAGAUGAUGUGGAUUUGUUGGUGAAGAUCAAAAGAAUAACUGAUGGAUUCAAUUGGGACAGUCAGAUUAUUGAUCAUGAAGAUGGACCUCUUGAGAGGGAGAAAUUGCUUUUUGCUGUCAAAUCUUAUUGGACAGCUCCACCUUCUGAUCAAAUUGCCUCUAAUUCUUCUUGACCCCUCUUCAUCAUUUCUUUUUCCUUUUUUCUUUAUAUUUCAAUUUAAUUCAAAUGUUCCAAAUUAAAGUUACACCUAAUGAAUUGGACAUAGAUUAGCCUCUUUUUACCCCCCAAUGAUUUGUAUUCAUCUUUAUUUCUGAUAUUUCCUUUACUUUAUCAAUUAUUUCAGUGUUAGAUUUAUAAAUACAAAUCCUUUAAAACGUUUAA